AGAAAUGGCAAUUGCAUAUUGGAAUUUAGUCUUGUCAGGAAGGUUUAAGUUUCUAGAUCUUUGGAAUAAAUUUUUGUUGGAACAUCAUAAAAGGUCAAUUCCAAAAGAUACUUGGAAUCUUUUGUUAGACUUUGGAAAUAUGAUUGCAGAUGAUAUGUCCAACUAUGAUGAAGAAGGAGCGUGGCCUGUUCUCAUAGAUGAUUUUGUGGAAUAUGCACGACCAGUAGUCACAGGAGGAAAACGCAAAACUUCCUAACCCCAGCCUUGCCGAUGCGGACUAAACACGUGCUCUGAGCUGCGUUGGGUGAUGAAGAUUUGUCGACCGAUAACUGCGCACUUUGUUGUCGCUGGUGUCAGCAGUUGUGAUGAGGUUCUGCAGACAAAACUGAAAUUCUUCUUUUCUGCCUAAAGAAAAGGAUGGCUGACUUGUGGACGCUUCAAGAACAAACUCAGAAGACAGUCCAGGCUGUUUGUAGGCUACCAGCUUCAAUUAUUGUACUGGUUGUAUCAUAUAGGAUGUAGAUUCUGCAUGAUUUUAUACUCUGAAGAACUUUAACUAGAGGCCGUUUUAUUAAAGUUUCAACAGCACAGCAUGCCAUUCAGUUCAUGAUCCAAAGUGAACACCAGCAGUUACAUAAAUAAAGCUGUAUUAUAUUGUACUUAUAUUAAAAGCAGUAUUUGUGGUAUAUAAAUUAAAUCCCUAAAUAAAA